AUGGAUCUGACGCCGUUGAACCAAUUUACGACCGGAGAAGAAACUCGUCAGCAGCAGGAGGCCAGAAAUAGAAUUACUGAAGAAAAAAUAUUGCGUCUCAAGCUGCAUAUUGGCAACUUGAAACCAUCUAUAUUGGAUCCAAUACAUUCAACAGGUUCCGAGAUCAAAGCAACAACAGGAGGAGAAAAAAUACGAGCAAAUGAAUUAGUACUCCAACGCAUCAAACAAGGCGAAAUAAAGGAGGAACCAAGUCAAAUAACUUAUUAUCCAGCAGUUAAUUUACCUCAACUACCACUGCCUACAUUCAGUGGUAAUCCGAAACUGUGA